CCGCGUCUCCACCUCCAGGCUUGCAAGAUGUCCUUCCAGAGUUCCUGCGUGGGCGCUUCGUGGAGGCAGCACUCAGCUAUGUGGCAUGUAACUCAGAGGGUGACCUUCUCUGCCGCAACAAUGACUGCUGGUGCCGCUGCUCUUCCCGUUUCCCGGAAUGCAACUGCCCCUUCGCCGACAUUAAGGUCAUGGAGGAGAACCUGGAAAAGAGCAAAGAGGCCUGGAACAACCUCAACCAAGAGUUCAUGGAAUCAGAUGAAUUCAAAUCCUUCAUGAAGUACUUGCCCACUGACCACUUCUUGAACGUGUCCACCAUCGCCAAGUUCUGGUCCGCUGACACCUCCCUCCAGAAACGCUACGCCCAGCUGGAGUCCAGCGUGGCGGUGGUGUUGGGGAAGGCGCAGAAGAUCAUCAGGAAGCUGUUCACGCUGAGCAAACGCUGCCCCAAGCAGCCGCGCAUCAGUCUGCCACGAGAGAGGUCUGUUGGGUUUUGGUUAAUCAGGGCCCAGUCUCUUUUGUACUGCUACGAGCACGGGGUCCUGGGCUCCUUCUCCGAGGAGGCGAGGAGCUGCAGCUGCCCGGCGGAGCAGCCCACCUGUCAGGGUGUGAUCCCCUGCGUCGUGGGCACCUCACCCACCUCCUGCUCCUCCUGCGCCAGUGACAACGCCACCCGCUGCGGAGCCUGUCAUCACGGCAACUUUCUGCUCCUCGGCUCCUGCCACCCGAGCAUCGCGGCGUCCCUGGACCACUACUUGAACUUUGACCUGGACAUGCCAGAUGCAGAAGUGAAGUACCUGCUCCAGGGUCUGGACAGUAGAAUAGAGGUCCACGCCAUCUACAUCAGCAAUGACGUGCGUCUGGGAAGUUGGUUCAAUCCUGGCUGGAGAAAGAGAAUGUUGCUGACACUGAAGAGCAACAAAAACAAGUCCAAUCUCAUCCACAUGCUGAUGGGCAUUUCCUUCCAGAUCUGCCUGACUAAGAACUCCACACUGGAACCUGUGCCUGCCAUUUAUGUGAAUCCUUUCGGCGGGAGUCACUCGGAGAGCUGGUUCAUGCCGGUCAACCAUCCCGACUUCCCGGACUGGCAGAGAACUCGACUGGACGCUGUCGUCACGGCGCAGUGUUACAACUGGACCCUGUUCCUCGGCAACCAGUGGAAGUCCUUCUUUGAAACGGUUCACAUUUACCUGAGGAGCCGCAUCAUCACGGAUGAUCCCACGGUCAACGAGACCCUCUUCUACGAACCCUUGGACUUGGACGACCAGACAUCCAACAUGGGCUACAUGAAGAUAAACACACUCAAGGUGUUUGGCCACAGCCUGCACUUUGACCCCGAGGGCAUCAAGGAUCUCAUCCUGCAGCUGGACUACCCCUACACACAGAGUACCCAGGACGCCGCCUUCAUGAUGCUGUUGGAAAUGCGGGACCGGAUUAACCGGCUGUCUCCUCCGGCGCCGCAGCCUCUGGACCUGUUUUCUUGCCUGUUGCGCCACAGACUCAAGGUCUCGGCCGGAGAAGUGGCUCGCAUCAAGGAAGCCCUGCAGCUUUUUAACUCUAAGCUUCCCAAUGCCUCCCCUGAACCUGAGCUGGCGCAGCUUUGUAGCUAGCUAAGCAGCUAAGAACAUAAGCCGGGUUAGGGACGAUGCCUAGGAGGGAAAGACUGAGUCGGUACCUCGGAGAUAAUGGUGGACUCGUGUGCCGACUCCCACUAGGCUUGUUUUUUUUUUUGAGUCAGAUUUUCUGGAUUAACGGAACCAGCUCAUUACACCGACUGGGUGUUUCCUGUAUUUUCUAAAGGUGGGUUUUCUGUUUCCACUUUUUUUCACAAAUUGCUACCAGAACACACACAAAAAAAAACAAAAAAACUUGAAAGUGGAUCUGAAGAGGAGCAGCGGACGUGUUGGAUGCCUCACCCGCCUGGAGGCUGAGGUUUGUUGUCUGUGGCCCUGGUUUACAGACUGAUGAAGUGGCUGAGGUGAGUUUCACUGACAUUCACAGGGUAACGAAUAGAAGCUCUGGAGAGAUGAUGUCACUGAAGAGAACAGGAAGGCCCUGCCAUGAACAGAAGAAGCUCAUUUUAAUAUAUAUAUAGCUCUAUAACUCUUGAAGUGGUUCUUGAAGUGGCUUCACCUUUUCUACAGCUAUUUUCUUGGAAACAGCAGAUGGGGAAUAUAUCACGUGUGUUGAAAGAGUUAUGUUAUGGUUGAUCAACCUGAACCCUGCUACUGUCUUUGAAUUUAUCUUCUUUUUUUUUUUUUUAAUUCCUGCCUUUUUUUCCUCUUUGGCCUCUGAGUUUUCAAAUUCUCCUUUGCUUAACAUUUGGGCGUGAAGCCAGUUAGUAAUGUUGUGUCUAUGUUAGUGAGUGAUGGCCAAAAGAAGGUAAACACGUAUGCAUUUUCAACAGAAAAAUAUAGGGGCGGGGGGGAAAUGUUUUUUUUUUUAUUUCAUUUUAUUUUAUUUUAUUUCCUGAUGUGUUCAUGGAAAGUUGAACGACAACAAUGCUGUAAAUAACGCUACAUCUACCUGCAGGUGUGGACAAGUGCACAGUGCUUUUUAGUUAAAUGACUGCAAAGACCAAAAAAAAUGUUUAUUACAAAAUGACUUCAUGCCUUAUAUGGAACUUUAAUGUAAAGACAAGAAGCACAUUUGAUUUCCGUGGCUGGCGUUUCCAGUGGAGGGCGCUGUUUCUUUUUCAUAUUUCAGUAUUUGGACCAGUGCAGAAUGGCAGACAGAUUUCUUUUUUUUUCCCAGGACCAUGUGAUGAAGUCGGUUUUCCGUGUAAAUGCAAGUCAAUACUUUCUGCGGUGUCUCUCUGUCACUCGGUGAAAACGCUCGGCAAAACCUUCUCCCAACAAUUAGACAAAAUCCAAGUGACCGACGUAAUUCAGACGUAAUUUUUUUUCCUUGCUGUCGUUUGGUUGAGUCUCAGGUCAACGUUUGUUUUUGUUCUUUUUUUUUUUAACCCAAACAGGAGACUUCUACAGGGUGGAGAUGAUUUGCAUUUAUUUGACUAAUUUCUCACUGACGGUCAGUAAACCUUGUAUGUCAUUUUUAGCUGUUCUUCUGUGCUCAGCUUGCUUAAGUAAAAACAAAGUGGUUUAUCAAUCUGGUGUUGGUUUCCUUUGUAUGA